AUGCAAUUAAUUUCCCAUCCCUUAAUAACGGCCUUUUUUUUGCCAAAACAGAAGGACCGUACUAAAACUCCUUCGCCACCAUCUGAUCCAAUUAGUCAAGAUAAUGAAGAAAUAAAGGAUGUGCCAAACAAUGGAUUAAUCAAUGAUGAUAAAUCUAAGGACAAUAGUAAUACUGAUGAAUUUAAAAUUGAAGAACUACAGGAAAUUCCUUCGCCACAAUUAUCCAAAUCAUCACCAUCUGCGCCAAUUAGUGAAGAUAACAAAGAAACAAUGGAUGAACUAAACAAUGGAAUAACCAAUGAAAACAAAGUAAUUAUUGAUAAAUCUAAGGAUAAUAGUAAUAAUGAUGAAUUUAAAAUUGAAGAACUACAGGAAAUUCCUUCGCCACAAUUAUCCAAAUCACCACCAUCUGCUCCAAUUAGUGAAGAUAACAAAGAAAUAAAUGAUGAGUUAAACAAUGAAAUAAUAAUCAAUGAAAACAAUGCAAUUAUUGAUAAAUUUAAGGAUAAUAGUGAUAAUGAUGAAUUUAAAAUUAAAGAACUACCACAAUUAUCCGAAUCACCACCAUCUGCUCCAAUUAGUCAAGAUAGCAAAGAAACAAAGGAUGAGCCAAACUAUGGAAUAAUUAACAAAAACAAAGCAAUCGUUGAUAAAUCUAUGGAUAAUAGUGACAAUAAUGAAUUUAAAAUUAAAGAAAUACCACAAUUAUUCAAACCACCACCAUCUGCUCCAAUUAGUCAAGAUAGCAAAGAAACAAAGGAUGAGCCAAACAAUGGAAUAAUCAAUGAAAACAAAGCAAUUGUUGAAAAACCUAAAGAUAAUUGGUCAAGAUGGCUUGAUGAGGCAAUUCAGAAUGAUCACAUUAAUUUUUAUGAAUAUGGUAGUAGGUUUAAAGAUUUUGAAAAAAUUGGCUCAGGUGGUUUUGCAAAAGUUUAUAAAGCAAUAUUAGACAAUAGCAGUACUUGUGCCUUGAAAUCCUAUAAACAUGAUAUAGCAAAUACAAAAGAAAUUACUAAUGAGUUGAAAUUGUUACGUAGAGUUAAUCACCAUCAAAAUAUUAUUCGUUUCUAUGGUGUCACUAAGAAUGAAAGCAAAGAGAGAUAUUUAUUGGUCCUUGAGUAUGCAGAUAGUGGAACACUAAGAAGCUACCUAAAAGAAAAGGGUGGAUCAACCAGUUGGGAUCUAAAACUGAAAUUUGCAUAUGAGAUUGCAUCAGCUCAUUCAAACAACAUCUUGGUUCACCAAAAAACCAUAAAAUUGGCAGAUUUUGGACUUUCCCGUAAAAUACUUGAACUUACAGCCACUUCAGCAUUCCAAUUAAAAGGAGUGCUGCCUUAUAUUGACCCAGAAUGUUUCAAGUAUAAUAGCAAGCCAAAUAAAGAAUCAGAUGUAUACAGUGUGGGUGUUUUAUUAUGGGAAUUGUCUAGUAACGAACCACCUUUUAGUAAUCAUGAUCAACAUUAUACUUUAAUGUAUAAUAUUUCUCAAGGAAUUCCAUGUUGGCAAGGUGAUCCAACAAGCAGGCCUGGUAUUCAAAAAGUUGAAACAAAGCUAAGUAUAAUGAUUUCAAGCAUUGAUAAAGGUGAUAAAGUUGAUAAAGAGGAAAAUUAUGAGCAACCAAAUAAUGAAGAUAAUGAUUCUUUCAAUCAUCCCAGUAUUUCAACAGAACCUACGAGCAUGGGUUCAUUGCAAACAAAAUUUGAUAAAGAGGAAAAUUAUGGGCAACCAAAUAAUGAAGAUAAUGAUUCUUUCAGUCAUCCCAGUAUUUCAACAGAACCUACGAGUAUGAGUUCAUUGCAAACAAAAUUUGAUAAUUUUUUAGAGUAA